AUGCCAACUGAGAGUACACUUUACAACACAUAUAUGGCACUACCUGAUCAGCAUGCGGCACAGGACGUGUUUGAUCGCUUGUUUGCGUGUGAAUGCGAUGCAUCGAUGACGGCCGGGGAGCAGCACUGGUACUAUAGCCAUGACCAGACAACAGUUGAUCGGGCUAGUAUGGCGUGCGAGGACAGGGGAACACGACUGAUGACGUUGGACGAAUUUCUAGCAAUCCGGAACAGCAUCCUCGCCGACAACGUGAACUUCAUCGAUCGUUUCAUCUGGGUACUCCACCCUGUCACAGCUGCUCAACUAGCUGUCAAGAUGAGGACGAAUGAACAAAAGACUGGCUUGGUCACUGCUUACAUCAUGUGCAAGUCAUCAACCAAGCUUGAAAAGAAGAGAAGUUGCUGGACAAAUGACACGUUCAGCCUCUUUCACACCCAAAGCCCGCAUGACUAUACGAACUAUUCUCAAGCCGUACAUGUCUGCGAGAGUCCACAGCAGACUAAUUCGAUUAUACCGUUCCCUUUCCUGCACUAUUGCCUGGAUUCUGUGACACGCUGGAUGCCAGCGUACAACUCAUACUGGAUCUUCAAACAAAACGUUAACCGUCCUGCCCGUGCCAACGAUCUGCAAUGGCAUCCCGAAAGAGAAAGACGUCAGAAGAUUUGCUGGAUAAAGCGCCCCCGGAACACUGUGUUGCAUGAAUGUCACAAUCACGACCUCUACUAUGUUAUAAAGCCAGGCGGAAGCAACUAUGUUGACGCCCGCAUUGAAUGCGAACGACGAUAUAUGAAACUUCCACUGAGAGAAACUAGGGGGUGUCUGUCGCUGUUUGUCAAGAAACUUGGUGUAUUUCCAGCUUGGAUUUCUGGCGUGGACAAUGGUCAGGCAAGGACUAGUGAUGGUCCCAGUCCAACUAGCCAUCUAAAGUCCAUCGUCUGCGCUAAAGAUCGCACUUGGAGUGAUGUGAAACACGAAUGUCGUAAUUAUUAUGACCUGUUCUAUAUCAGGCAAGAGAGCAUAGGGCACACAUUUCAAGAAGCCAAACUAAUGUGUCAUGGACGGGGUAUGUCACUUCCGUUAACAGCCACGCACGACUGUGUUUUCUGGUUUGUCACGAAACUUGGCGUGAAUCAAGCUUGGAUGUUGGAUACGGACAGCGGUCAGGCAAGAAUUAGUGGGAGAUCCGAUCAAACCCAUCAUCGAACUCAUCAGACCGUCAUCUGUGCAAAACGUGAGAGCAGCGACUAG